AAACAAACAAACAAACAAACGUACCUUUGAACUCAUUUCACAAAGUGCUACCGUAAUUCUAAUAGAAAUUUUGACCUUUGAUGUAAAGUCGAAUUCAGUAAAUUCAAUAAGGGGAUCCCUUCCGAAUUAACGGAAUUCAGCUUUACACCAAUGUCAAAAUCUCUUUUGGACCAAUGAUGGAAGAACUUUUUGACGUGAAAUCAAAGGUACGUCUUCCUGGGUGCAGUCCCAUCGACGCCGUGGUCACUUCUCACCGAAUGCUAUCCUCCCGCAGGCCUACCUGCGCGAGCUGAUGCGGGCUGUCAACGAGGACGGCGUCAACGUGCUGGGCUACAACAUGUGGUCCUUGCUGGACGACUUCGAGUGGAGCGCGGGCUACACGCGCGAGUUCGGCCUGGUGCACGUCGACUUCGAGGGUGGCACGCUGGCCCGGACCCUCAAGAGGUCGCACCACUUCUUCAAGCGCAUGAUGGCGGACCGGUCCGUGCCCCUGGUGCUCGCGUCCGCGACGCGCAGCGCCGGCGUCACCAUCGCGCCCUCCCUCUGCGUCCUCCUCUACUCUGCUGUCUCGCUGCUCCACACCCUCUCACAUUAACACAAACCGAACAACAAUCUGUGGUAUUAUGAA